UCAGCAUGGCACCCGCACGUGUUGUUGUGAAGUUGACCAAUGACCAGCUGGCACUGUGUGACACACAAACAGAUGGAGGUGGCUGGAUCGUUAUACAGAGGCGGAUCAAAGGUGACGUCAACUUUACCAGAGACUGGAACGAUUACAAAACUGGGUUUGGUUCGUUGUCCGGGGACCUGUGGAUGGGUAAUGAUGUCAUUUCCGACCUUACUUCAAAGGGUUACACCGAACUGCGGAUUGACAUGACCUACAAAGCCCAAAGCUACUACGCCGCGUACACCCAGUUUCUCGUCCAGCCCGAGACGGCGGACUACCAGAUGACCUUCAUGACCUACACAGGCAACGCCUCCGACGAUCUCAGCUUCCACAACGGGAUGCGCUUCACGACCUUCGACCGCGACAACGACUGGGGUCACCCGCAACUGCGCAUGCGUGUACGGCUCCGGCUGGUGGUUCCACGGCUGUCAUCAGGCGAACGUCAACGGCGUCUGGGGGAGCCGGAAGUACAAGCGGGGUGUCGUCUGGCACGGUGUGUCGGGGGGAUUACGACUCCCUGGAUUUUGUGGAGAUGAA